CCUGGGCGGCUCUGCAGAACCCUAAUCCACAGUUAAGGAGGGAAAAGGUAAGAAGAAUCAGCAGCGAUGGCGGUACCUUUGCUUUCGAAGAAGAUAGUGAAGAAGAGGGUCAAGAAGUUCAAACGACCCCAAAGCGACCGAAAAAUCUCCGUCAAUACCAAUUGGCGCAGGCCUAAGGGUAUUGACUCUCGGGUCAGGAGAAAGUUCAAGGGAUGCACUUUGAUGCCCAAUAUUGGGUAUGGAUCUGAUAAGAAGACUCGCCAUUAUCUUCCCAAUGGUUUUAAGAAGUUUGUUGUGCACAAUGUCAGUGAGCUUGAGUUAUUGAUGAUGCACAACAGGACUUACUGUGCUGAGAUUGCACACAAUGUGUCCACAAAGAAGAGGAAAGAGAUAGUGGAGCAUGUAGCUCAGCUAGAGGUUGUUGUUACUAACAAGCUUGCUAGGCUGCGGAGCCAGGAGGAUGAAUGAGCUUUUUGGCUUUCAUGCGCUGAACUUGGUUCAUUUUGAUUAUCAUGCCUUUUUGUUUACGCUAUCCCUUGUUAGUAACAUUGUAAUUUUGACAGAUGAGAUGGUUUAGAGCGUUC